CUACGGUCACCAGGAGCAGAGGGACGGCGACAACACCCAGGGCAGGUGAGUCUACGGUCACCAGGAGCAGAGGGACGGCGACAACACCCAGGGCAGUUAUUAUGUGCAGCUGCCGGACUCUCGUCGCAUGAUGGUUGACUACUUCGCGGACCAGUCUGGAUUCCAUCCCACCGUCACCUUCGAGGGCGAGGCGCAGCUGUCUGGCGACUCUGGUAAAGGUUCUUUUGCACCAAGCGGUCCAGCACCUAGUCAAGGGUACUCGCGACCUGCCCGUGAUCAAGGAUCUUUCCUAACCGGCCUUUCCAGUACCCCUACCCAAGCAACAUUCCACCCUGUUUCAUCCGGUAAUCAAGGAUCUUUGUAUCCCGAUCCGUCCCCAAGCAAGAGGUCUGUACUUCUUAUUUCACCUCCAAGACAAACAUUUUCCCAGGCAGCCUCGGCUCCUAACCAAAGAUACUCACAUCCAACCCCAAAGCCUAGCAAAGAAUCCUUCAAAAGUACUCCGGUCCACAACCAGGGAUCAUUCUUAAAAACUCCGUCACCUACUCAAGGAACCGUCCAAAACACAGUGGUCCCAAGCCAAAGAACUCUGGAGAAAAACCCAUCCCAAAGGCAAGGAUCUUUCAGUAAAACUCCAGCCUCUAGCAAAGACGUCGCCCAAAACACCUUGAUUCCUAGUCUAGUAUCCAUUCAAAACAGUUCAGCUCCUAGACAGGCAACACUCCAACUCAUCCCGUCUCUUAGCCAAGGAAACACUAAACCCACCUCAGAAGCACCCCAUGGAUCCUUCCAGAAUACUCAAGCCCCAGGUCACAGCUCUUCCAAAAAUAGUCAAGCCUCCAGCCAAAGAUCUUUCCAGAAUACUCAAGCUUCUGGCCAAAGGUCCUUCCAAAAUACUCAAGCUUCUGGCCAAAGGUCCUUCCAAAAUACUCAAGCUUCUGGCCAAAGGUCCUUCCAAAAUACUCAAGCUUCUGGCCAAAGAUCCUUCCAAAAUACUCAAGCUUCUGGCCAAAGGGCGUUCCAAAAUACUCAAGCUUCUGGCCAAAGGUCCUUCCAAAAUACUCAAGCUUCUGGCCAAAGAUCCUUCCAAAAUACUCAAGCUUCUGGCCAAAGGUCCUUCCAAAAUACUCAAGCUUCUGGCCAAAGGUCCUUCCAAAAUACUCAAGCUUCUGGCCAAAGGUCCUUCCAAAAUACUCAAGCUUCUGGCCAAAGGUCCUUCCAAAAUACCCCAACCCCUAGACAUAGAUCUUUCCAAAAUACUCAAGCUUCUGGCCAAAGAUCCUUCCAAAAUACUCAAGCUUCUGGCCAAAGGUCCUUCCAAAAUACUCAAGCUUCUGGCCAAAGAUCCUUCCAAAAUGGUCAAGACACAAACGGAACAUCGCUUCAAAGUACUUCAGAUCCCAGCCAAACACUAGGCCCUAAUCAGAUAACCUCCCAAAAUACAACUGCCCCCAAUCAGAUAUUCCUCCAAACUACUGUUGCCUCCAGUCAAAAAUCUUUUCUCAAUCCUCGAGACCACAACCAGAGAACCUUCCAGAACACUCGAGUACCUAACCAUAGAUCCUUCCAUAAUACUGCAACUCCCAACCUUAGAGCCAUCCAGAACACUCCAAUUCCUAUUCAAGGAUCCUUCCAAAAUACUCCAUUUGCUAGGUUAAGCUCUUUCCAAAAUCCUUCGACAGAUAACCAAAAGUCCUUCCAAAUUAUUCCAGUUCCUAUUCAAGCUUCCUUUGAAAAUACUCCAUUCGGUAGAUUAGUCUCACUCCAAAACAAACCAGACGAUAGACAAGUAGCCAUUCAAUACACCCCGGUCACCACACAAGCUUCCUUCCAUAAUACUCCGUUCGCAAGACUAAACUCCUUCCAGAAUACUCGAGCACCUGCCCAUAGCAGUAGUGAAGAUGCUCUCCAGCAGAGCUUGAUCUCUAACCAAAGAAUUUUCGAAAACACAAUAACAUCUAGCUAUGGAUCUUUCUGAAACUCGUCAAUACAGGACUUGGAAAUCUUCCAAAGCAAACUGGGUUACGGCUAAGGGCCCGCUCAGUGAGCAAGUCCACCCAGCUCAUCAAGAACUCCACCUCCAUCCUGCGAUACUUAAGCAUUUGCUUUUUGUUUCUUUUUCUGUUGCCUUGUGUCCAUAUUUCCACCGUGGAUGGUUUGUUAAUGCAUAUUUCUCUUCAUAUGUAAGGCGGGAUCGUCUUACCUCCCUCUUUGACUUUCCUCUUCUUGUACCCUUCGACAGUACUAUCUACUUAGCUGGCUUAACUUCACCUGUUGUAGUACAGUAUACUGAUAGCCUGAGAGGUACAGUUCAUCUCUCAGGAAGUCUCUCUUAUAUAAGCCAGACUGUUAAACAUAAUGUUUGUUUGCUCACUUACAUUGUUCCUGUUUUAGGGGAGGUACAGGUAUUGUACAGUGUACUCCCUAUUGUUUAUAUAAUAUGAUACUUUAAAAAGUAUGAAUAUUUUGUAAAUAAAUUGUUA